AUGACCUCGUUCAUGAACACAAUCAACAGUAGCGCUCGAAGCCGCGCAACAGCCUCGUUCCAGCCAACAAAGCGACAGAAGGGUACCAACAGCUGGCAGCUCAAGCAGUUCGCCGAAGCCACUCUCGGAAGCGGCAGUCUACGAAAGGUCGUCCAGCUACCAGAAGGCGAAGAUCGGGAUGAGUGGUUGGCCGUCAAUGUGGUCGACUUCUACAACCAGAUCAACCUCCUCUACGGCGCCAUCACCGAGUUCUGCUCGCCUCAAUCAUGCCCGGAGAUGAAAGCCACCGACGAGUUCGAGUACCUCUGGCACGAUCCGCCAGCAUUCCCCAAGCCGACACGCCUUCCAGCACCUACCUACAUCUCCCAUCUCCUCACCUGGACCUCCAAUCACCUCUCGAAUCCCUCCGUCUUCCCGACACACCCAGGCGUCGUCUUCCCGUCGAACUUCCAGCAAACGAUACGCACCAUCUUCAAGAGACUGUACAGAAUCUACGCGCACAUAUACUGCCAUCACUAUGGCGUUGUGAGGGGCCUUGGGCUGGAGGCGCACCUCAACACAGGCUUCAAGCACUAUGUUCUGUUCGUCGAGGAGUUCAACCUGGCAGAUGAGAAGGGCAACAAGAAGGGGGAGUGGUAUGGACCGCUUGGAGAGCUGGUUGAAAGCAUGCUACGCAGCGACUAA